CAAAAAAAAAUGUCCAUCUUCAAUGUCUUCCCUACACUGAGAGGAAAACGACUUCAUGACGAACUGUCACAACAAGAUCAUUUCCUCAAGAAACAACGCGUAUUGGACGAUACUGCCAAGUAAGUCAAGCUACCUUUCCUUUUCUUUAAGCCAUGCUCAACCAUCACUUUUAUGUAUAGACUAUCUUCGACUUUACCUAACCACGACAAAAAGGCAGGUGAUUCUUCCUCCUCGAGAAACAAGGUCAACAAGCUGAUCACCACCUUUGUACAGAACCAGUCCAUUAUCGAAACAACCAAUGGUAUACCUCACGCUCGACUGCUAGAAAAUCUAUUUGCUACACCAUUGAUUGAUCAUAUUAUGGACACUUGUGAUUUUGAUGAACAACAAAUAUGGAGUUUAGCAGCACUUUUAUUCGGCCAUCGAAAGGAUGACUCACAUCGACGACUAAAAAAUUGGCUUCGUAGCACGGUAUUGGAGGAAAUGCAAAAGGAAGGGAUUGAUUUGGCAUUGACGUCGGAAGAUCCAUGGCAACGAGCAUUUCAUUACAUGUCGUCUGGUCAAGUGAUACAAGCAUGCGAAUUGAUCCAACAGCUUGGUGAUGAUGCUUUGGUGGCCAUGCUGGUGGUUCAUUUCCAAGAACAAGAAGAUGUAGAUAUCCAUCAAGCAGCACAAGAACAGAUUCUCUUUUGGCAGCAACAAGAUCGGUUUGAUUCGCUUCCUCUGUAUCAACGGAAAAUGUGGUACUGUCUCCAAGGACAACUGGGUUAUGUGGAUCAUCUCAAGGCGGUGGUGACGGAAGGUCUAUCUUGGCCUCAAUCUUUAUUAUUAUAUAUCCUUUAUCAUCGUGAUUACCGUACCAAUCUGGCAUCGGCUUUAAUGUCCUAUAGCUCUCUUACAAAUCUUCCUAUGGUUGGCUUACAUCAAUUACGGACAAAGAAACAUACUGCUCAAGUGCCUUCGAGAUGUCUAUGGUACUGUUUGCUCCAAUGGUGGGCAUCUUCAAAGAAUGAUUCUAUGUCUUCUUUGCGUCUCACGUUGGAAGAAAGAUUUCCUUUACACUGUCGUUGGCUAUUACUGAUACAUGAUCCUUCUUUUUUCAUCAAUGAUCUAUCUACUUGUGAAGCUUGGAAACGACAAUGGACUGAUGAACUUUAUCAAAAUGGAUUAGAAUAUAUGGCUAUUUUAUCUGCUCUUUAUAUGUCUAGUCCUGAAAGUACGAUUCGACAAUUAUUAUCCAUGCGAGAAUGGGAUAAAGAACAUUAUCUUGUACGACAAUUACAAAUACCUUCUGAAUGGGUGACAGAUGCCAAGGCUGUGUAUGCUUACAACCAUCAUAUGUAUGAUAAGGAAGUGGAUUAUUAUCUUGAAGCUAAUGAAACUGACAAAGCUCGUCAUGCUAUUCUCAAUCAUAUGAUCCCAGCGAUCUUUUUAAAAGAUGAUCAGAGCGAUACGAUGAUCAACUAUCUUGAACAAUUGAUGAGUCUUUCUUCUGACGAUAUGACACUCCAACAAACCAUCCACAUUCUUCGCAAUAUAUACAUCAUUUUAAGGGAUUAUCCACACCGCACUCAUGAAAUAGACACAAUGAAAACCAACUUGACCUUGGCAGUACAGAAUUUAGCAAUACUUCAGAAAGCUGGGUAUAUUACAGAUCCGAUGUUUUAUUCUAAACUGGCAGGACAAUUAAUGACGGUUGCUUCCACCUUUAUGAACAAUGAUGAUUUGAAUACCCUAUUGGAAACAUGUCCUGUGGAAAUCCAUAGUAACUUGAAUAUGAUGGAACUUUUAUCUCGAGCCAUGACAUCUAGUAUAGCAAAUCAAUGAUUUUACUUUUUUCUAAAAUAAACAUGCUUUUUUUUUUUUGUUUGUA